CUAGUUUUAGGGUUUAUAUCACUUAAGUUUCUCUAAGGCCCUCAUUUUCCUCGUUCAUUUUUGUCUCGCUCAAAAAAUCCAAUGGCGGAAACAGAUCAGGCGCCGCCGCCGUCGGACCAACUCGCCGCGCUGAACUUGACUGACACCGUUGAGAAACACGCAUUUUCUGACCGUGUCCUGAUCCGUUCCAUCGUGGGCCGGCCAGAUGGCGGGGCUGGCCUUGCUGGGCAACGAGUCCGGGCCGGUGGUUGGGUAAAGACAGGGAGAGAGCAAGGGAAAGGAACUUUCGCCUUCUUGGAAUUGAAUGAUGGGUCGAGCCCGGCGAACUUGCAGGUGAUUGUGGACGCCGGACUGGCUGUUCUGAGCAAGCUGGUGGCGACCGGCACCUGCGUGGUGGUGGAUGGGAUAUUGAAGGUGCCACCUGAAGGCACGAGGCAGAAGAUUGAGCUUCGGGUCGAAAAAGUGGUUUCUUUAGGCGAGGUGGAUCCUGCUAAGUACCCGAUUCCAAAAACGAAGCUCACGCUUGAAUUUUUGAGAGAUCAUCUUCAUCUUCGAGCUAGGACCAACACGAUUGCAGCCAUUGCUCGAAUUAGGAACGCACUUGCCUUUGCUACGCAUUCAUUCUUCCAAGAGCAUAAUUUCCUUUAUGUGCACACUCCAAUUUUAACUACUAGUGAUUGUGAGGGUGCUGGUGAGAUGUUUCAAGUCACAACUUUGAUUAGUGAAUCUGAAAAGCUGGAGAAGGAACUGAUUAAAAACCCUCCUCCAUCGGAGGUUGACAUAGAAGCAGCUAGGCAAGUUGUGAGCGAGAGAGGAGAGGCUGUUAAACAGCUUAAAGCUGCCAAAGCAAGCAAAUCGGAAAUCACUGCUUCUGUGGCUGAACUUAACAAAGCAAAGGAGAAUCUCUCUAAGCUGGAGGAGAGAUCUAAAUUGAAACCUGGGAUUCCCAAGAAGGAUGGGAAGAUUGACUACACUCAAGACUUCUUUGCCCGCCAAGCUUUUUUGACAGUUUCUGGGCAACUGCAGGUUGAAACAUAUGCUUGUGCUGUUAGUAACGUGUAUACAUUUGGGCCAACUUUUCGGGCUGAACACUCUCACACUUCAAGGCAUUUGGCAGAAUUUUGGAUGGUAGAGCCUGAAAUAGCAUUUGCAGAUCUACAGGAUGACAUGAACUGUGCCGAGGCUUAUGUGAAGUAUAUGUGCAAUUGGUUGCUUGAUAAAUGCCUUGACGAUAUGCAAUUCAUGGCUAAAAGUUAUGAUAAAGGUUGCAUUGAUCGGUUGAGAAUGGUUGCUUCAAUUCCCUUUGUACGGAUAUCAUACACAGAAGCGGUGGAGCUUUUAGAGGAAGCUGUGAAAGGUGGUAAGAAAUUUGAGAAUGAAGUGAAGUGGGGGAUUGAUUUGGCUUCUGAGCAUGAAAGAUACUUGACUGAAGUUAAAUUUCAGAAGCCCGUUAUUGUUUAUAACUACCCAAAGGGAAUAAAAGCAUUCUACAUGAGGCUCAAUGAUGACUUGAAGACUGUUGCUGCUAUGGAUGUCCUUGUGCCCAAGGUUGGAGAACUAAUCGGGGGAAGCCAAAGGGAAGAACGUUAUGAGGUCAUUCGGGAAAGAAUUUUGGAGGUGGGGUUGCCUCUUGAGCCAUAUGAGUGGUAUCUUGACCUGCGGCGAUACGGAACUGUUAAACAUUGUGGAUUCGGGCUAGGCUUUGAACGAAUGGUUCUCUUUGCCACUGGCAUUGAGAACAUUAGAGAUGUUAUUCCCUUCCCAAGAUAUCCGGGAAGAGCUGAUCUCUGAUUGGAUUUUUCUAAGAUGACGUGAGAAAAUGGUCUUGAUUUUCAGUUUAAUACUCAUGGGUUUUAGUAAUUUUUGCGCAUUGGCAAUCAUAUUACGUACUUUGAAAAGAAUUGUAAAAGUAUAACUGUUUCUUAAUUUUUGUUCUUUCUCUGUUCAUCCUUAACAGCACCACAUGUUUGUUAUAUAUUGAUGUUAGUGUUAUCAUCUAAUGCAAUAAUAUAUACGUCUUCUUUACCUCAUGUCUAAAACCUACAGUUUUAUCUUAGUAACAAAUUAAAUGAUAAAACUACCGUCUUGAGUAAUAUAUGAAGCCUGAGUUAGAAACAAGACACUGUCUGAUUUCCAUGGGAAGUAGUAUGUUUUCUUUUGUAAUUCUUACAAAGAUCAGAAAAAAAAUGAGCUCAAAAGGCAGGAAUUUUUUUUUUUGAAGAAAAAAAAAAAUAAAAGCAAUACUUGCUUUCUUACUAAUGGAGAUAUUUACACAUCUUAUAUAUGCUCAAUUUAAGCAGCAUUCUAGCUCAUCUAGGCUCAUUUUUUAGCAGAAUUUAUCUUGUUUAGCAUGAUUAGAAUUAGAAGCAACUUUAGCUCUGCUCUUCAAAGACCUGUUAACCAGUAAUUCUCAGUGGAACGAAAAUCACAUCUUGACACCUCUUCUAGCUCUUCAUUUCUCUUCUCAGCCCUUUUUUCAGUUUUUUUUUUCUUUUUUUCUUUUUGGUAAUCUACAAAUGAAACAUGGUAGUUCUAAGUUACGUUGACCAUUGCUUUGAGAACCCGGAGUGUGCUGCUCGAUACGCCAACCUGUUAACCAGUGCCUGGAGUGGAUGACGUUCCUCAUGUACGUGUGUUUGGAUCCCUCUUUACAAGUGUAUUAUAUCUGUUGGGGAGUCUUCCAAUGGACUUGACAUUGGCCAAGGAAAUACUUGCGCCGUUUCCUGUUGGGGAGAUAAAUAACACAUGUUGAAAUUCUGAAAUUCGGAGCCGUUGGAGCGGGCAUAGAAUUUGACCGAUCAAUGUUAAUUUGCUGUGGGUUUGGUCGAGAUGUUGUAGGGAGAUAGCAAAGAUUAGUGGAGGAGGGCUUUCAACGGUGAGGGCUGCUGUUGCGCCCUAUAUUGAGUAUUGGUGAUUGUAGGUGAACGAUAAUGUUAGGUGAUAGGUAGAAGUAGACCUCUCUUGAAUUGAUGUAUUGGGGUUCCAAAUAUUUGUUGUUUCAACCCUUGUUUUGCCCUUUGUUUGCAAGGCCCCAUUGUGUUCACUAUGAUUAGUUAUUACACGGUAAAUUACUUCCAUAGGGUUUCGUUGUAUCUUGUGUGGGACAUUAAUGCGCCAUAGAGCCUCCCAUUUUAUAUGAAACUGGCUGUUAUUGGGUUCAGGGUUGUUUUCCUCGAUUAGCAUAUUGUAGGCAGCUUUUACUGAGAACUCACCUGAGAAGCUAUGUUUCCAUACAUACCUGUCCUCAUUUUUGGUUAAAGAGAAACUUCUCUAAUGUAGUUCAUUGGUCCAGUUGUCUCUCAGUCGAUCUUGUAUAAACUGGGAACGCCACUGUUUGUUUUCUGUAUCUUGCAUGUCUGUUAAUGGAAUUCUCGGUAUUUUCUGUUUUUGGUAUUGCCGGAGUGCUAGACCGUUGCCGCAGAUAGAGACAUUGCGGCUUGACCAGAUUUAGAUAUUAAGUCCUCGUAAACAUAUGUCACGGCCUUUUAGGAUACUCUUCCAUGUCCAAGAAUCCACUGGUUUCGGUCCAACCUCAAGGAAGUUGAUGUUGGUGCAGUAUUUUGACAGUAGUGCCUGGCCGAAGGAGUGUGGUUAUGUGAGAAUACGCCAUGCUUGCUUACAUAGAAGCGCUUCGUUCAAAAGCUCUGUUUGGGGUAUAGCUAGCUAGUCCACUUUCUCUUUUCGGACGACAUAGAAGUUUCCAGCUACGUAGUUGUAGUUUUUUUUUUGUAUUGGAAUUGUGACCCCAACAAAAAGUUUUUGAUAACUCGGUGUAUUUUGUCUAUAAUAUUUUGUUGGGCCUUGAUACAUGAAGAAUAAAUUGGUAUGGAUGUCAAAGUAGCUUUUAUAAGUACCAACUUACGGGGAACAUCCCAGCGAUAGGAGUUUGGCUUUCCCUCCUGCGAGUUUGAUUUGAAUGCGUUCAAGGGUGGAUUGAAAGAACUGUUUCCGUUAAGGAUAUGUCCCAUCUGACAUCCCAGGUAUUUAAAAGGUCUUUCCGUCAUGGUUACACCUAAUAUGCCAGUUAAUCGAAAAGCCCGAGUGUAAGAAAUAUGUUCUGAUCAUGAUUUAAAGACAAGGGUGCAGUCUAGGGAUAAAGACAAGGGUCGUAGAUGACUUCAUGAUUUAGAGAUAAAAAAGGGGUUUACGCAUACAAGAAAUCAAAUUCUAAACCUACAUAUGCAAUCUAAGAACAGAAGCUCCAAAUUUAAGACUUAACAUGCCAGGUUUGUUUUUAUUUAAUCUACCGUUUUACAUACAAUUGAGAAUGGUGACAAGGCUUUGACAAUAUUCAUGCCAAGACCUAGACUUGGUAAUUUUGUUCUUAUCAUCAAAAAGCUGGGAACCCAACAGUGUCCCGUAAUGGCCAAAUGAAAACAGGGUUUACCUGGCCUACUUCAUAACAAUAUAAUAGCAGCUUAAGCUUCAAUACCACGAUACUCUAAAAUCUGCCGGAAAUUUCAAUUGCACAAGGAACAAGCUUAAAUAGUCUUGACAACAAUUAACCAAAAUAUUCGUAGAAUGAUGUCUCACAGGUCACAAAUAUAACACUAGCCAAAACUCUGGGUAAAUUUCUUGGUGAAUAAAUGCAAGUUUUUCAUAGAACUAAACAUCAAUAAAUUACUCAUCAUCAUCGUCAAUGACCUUAGUGCCCAAACCCUUCAAUCCUUCAGCUGGGAUUUCAGCAACAGUUACUAGAGAGUAGAGCUCUUCCUUUGCAUCUUCAUCAUCAUUUCUCUUG